AAACUCAAAACCCGCCACAACUUCGGGUCACCAACCGACCCGCCCGAUCAAAUCGUGCGAAAACCAAAAACCAGAAAUAAAACAAAGAUCAAACCUUGAUUCCGAUCCACCCGACCGAGACCUAACAUCGAGAUUAAAAUCAAAAUCGGUGCGCUCCUCCUUCUCACUCAAUUAAAAUCCCCGCUCGAUUCGAGGAAAAAAUUAAAUUUUUUUUUUAAUACAGAAUCAAAAAAAUAGAAAAAAAAAGCAAAAUUUAUCGAGCCGCACACUCAAAAAUCGUGUUUUUUCUCCACCUGCGGAAAAGAAAUGAUGGAGGAGAUUCACUGCGGAAUUGUUCCAUCUUUAAUCAGCCCGAUACGGAAUCAAUCAAACCCCUCCCAUGAAUUUAUUUAUUUUUUUUUCUCAAAUUUUAUUCUUAUCAUCAGCCUCUUCUCUUUUCCUGUCUUCUAUCCUGUUUUCUCUCCCUGCCUCUCCCUCCAUCAACCCCUCUCUUUUUCAAUUGGUGUUUUUGUUCAUCUCUCAUCGCGUUCUUUGUCGGAAAAUCCCACGGCGCAUCUCUUCUUCUGUUGGGAUUUUUUAUUUUUUUUUGUUUUUUUUGUUUUUUUGGUUUCUUCUCCACGCAAGAUCCCGAACUUUGCUUUUACGCAUCAUUGAUCGGUGUAAAUCAAUGUGUUCCCACGAGAAAGGAACCCUAGUUAGUUAGAACUUUUCUGCAAUCGUGGUUUCGAGUUACAGAUCUAGGGUUUCGGAUAACAAUGGAGAUCGCCGACGGCGGGGAUGGAAAUCCGCCGCCGGAAGGGUGGAAAAAGCCUCCCGAGGGCGGCGAGGAUAAACCGUCCAAGCGUAAGAUGAAAAGUCCAUACCAGUUAGAGAUCCUUGAGAAGACUUAUGCAGUUGAGACUUACCCAUCGGAGACGCUGAGGGCGGAGCUAUCAGCAAAAACGGGGCUUUCCGAUCGUCAGCUUCAGAUGUGGUUUUGCCACCGGAGGCUUAAGGACCGGAAGUUUGCACCGGGGAAGAAGGCCAAGAAGGUGGAGGAGCCUCCUUCUCCUCCACCGCCACCUCCGCCGGGGUGGGAGAGUUUGGCAUCGGUGGAGGCUCAGCUCGGUGAACCGCUUAGGGAUGAUGGGCCAAUUCUUGGUGUGGAGUUUGAUCCGCUGCCCCCCGGAGCAUUUGGAGCGCCUAUUGAAUCUGAGGUGCCUACUCAUCCAACUCAUGUACAUGCUGCAAGUCUUCAAUUUUUGGAUAGACUUGAGAGUUCAGGAAUGUCAACCCAGGCAAAGCAACUUGUUCGACCUUAUGAUGGGAAGUCAAUGAAGACUUCAGCCCUCCUACCUAGCAUGGAGCAUUCGUUUCUGUCUGGUUCAUUAACUGGGAAAAGAAAAGCAGCAGCCAGUGGGGCUCAUUCAGUUCAUCCACAGGUGCCUCCCCGAGCGCUUCAGGAGUAUCAGUUUCUUCCGGAGCAGCCAAGCAUUCGAUCUGAAUCAUAUGAAAGGGUUCCCCAAUCUCAUUUUUAUGACCCUCCUGUUUCCACUCCAAGUACCCGAAUUCCAUCUUUGCCUGCUGGAAAUCAGUAUUUGCAUGGAAAUGAUCAAAUUGCGCCGACUUACACUUUCCAAGGCCACAUUUCGAGCUCCGGUCUGCUAUCACAACAAGCUCGGGAACAGCUUUAUACAAAUGAAUAUGAUGGCGCCCCGCAUGGUAGUCCUUUCAGAAACAGCACUGCCGAUCCUCAAUUCAGCAUCCAUCAAACUUUGGGGCUCGAAAACCCGUUUUCUUUGUCUGAGAGAAGGAUCGUUCGAGAGGAAGAUUCUUGUCGAAUUGAUAGAAAACGCAAGAGUGAAGAAGCAAGAAUUGCAAAGGAAGUUGAAGCUCAUGAGAAAAGGAUUAGGAAAGAGCUGGAAAAGCAGGAUAUUCUGAGAAGAAAGAGAGAAGAGCAAAUGCGAAGAGAAAUGGAGAGACUCGAUCGUGAUAGAAGGAAGGAAGAGGAGAGGAUUUUACGUGAAAAGCAGCGCGAGGAGGAGAGAUUUUUACGGGAGCAGAGACGCGAAAAUGAACGUAGGGAGAAGAUAAUGCUAAAAGAAAACCGUCGGGCAGAGAAGCUGAGACGGAAAGAAGAGUUGCGAAAGCAGAAGGAAGCAGCAAGGCUCAAAGCUGCUAAUGAGAGAGCUACUGCUCGCAGAAUUGCCAAGGAAUCCAUGGAGUUAAUUGAAGAUGAGCGCUUAGAAUUGAUGGAGCUCGCAGCAUCGAGGAAAGGCUUAUCGUCAAUAAUUUCAUUAGACUGUGAUACUCUUGAGCAGCUUGAUUCUUUCAAAGUAAUGUUGAAUGCUUUUCCUCCAAAGUCAGUUAAAUUGAAAAAGCCUUUUUCGGUUCAACCUUGGAUUGAGUCUGAGGAGAAUGUUGGCAACUUUCUUAUGGCUUGGAAGUUUUUAAUUACAUUUGCUGAUGUUCUUGGACUGUGGCCAUUCACGCUUGAUGAGUUUCUUCAAUCCCUGCACGAUUAUGAUUCACGUUUGUUGGGAGAAAUACAUGUUGCAUUGCUUAAAUCUAUAAUAAAAGAUAUUGAGGAAUUUGCACGGACGCCGGCUGUUGCACUGGGAGUCAAUCAAAACAGUGUUGGCAAUCCUGGAGGAGGUCAUCCGCAUAUUGUUGAGGGGGCAUAUGCUUGGGGUUUCAAUAUCUGCAGCUGGCAGCAACACUUAAAUUACUUUACAUGGCCAGAAAUAUUACGACAGUUUGCUCUCGCGGCUGGAUUUGGACCUCAACUGAAGAAAAGAAAUGUUGAGCGGACCUAUUUCCGUGAUGGCCAUGAGGAUAAUGAUGGGGAGGAUAUUAUCUCUACUUUGCGGAACGGUGCUGCUGCUGAAAAUGCCGUUGCUUUAAUGCAAGUAAGAGGAUACAAUCACCGUCGUAGGCCUCGCCAUCGCUUGACCCCUGGAACCGUCAAAUUCGCAGCUUUUCAUGUUCUUUCCCUCGAAGGAAGCAAAGGCUUAACAAUUCUAGAUGUUGCAGAGAAGAUUCAGAAAUCUGGAUUGAGAGACCUCACAACCAGCAAAACCCCCGAAGCAUCUAUAGCUGCUGCAUUAUCACGAGAUACGAAGCUUUUCGAAAGAACUGCUCCUUCAACAUAUUGUGUUCGUGCCCCAUUCAGAAAAAAUCCCGUCGAUGCUGAUGCAAUAUUCGCCGCAGCGAGGGAAAGAAUACAGGCGUUUCAGAGCGGGUUUUCGGACUCCGACGAAGUUGAGAAGGAUGCAGAUGACGGAGAUGAUGGAGAAAGGGACGAAGAUUCUGAAUUCGAGAAUGCUGAUGAACCUGAAGUUGAUGAUUGUAGUGUGGAAGCGAAGAUGAACAAGGAUUUACCUUAUAUGACUAAAUUAAGAGGAGCGCUAACUUCUAAUUCGGCUAAUAAUAAAAAGAAGGAAAUUCUCUGUGACGGUAUUGUGCUAACCCCGCCCAACAGUUUAAGACAUUCUGAUAAAGUUUUUCAAGAUGCACUUCCAAAUUCCAAGCAAGCAUCUACUAAUUUGGAAGGUGCGGAAAUCGAUGAAAGCAACUUGGGUGAUCCAUGGGUUCAGGGUUUAACCGAAGGUGAUUACGCGGAUUUAAGUGUCGAGGAGCGCCUUAAUGCAUUGGUUGCUUUGAUUGGUGUGGCUAUCGAGGGAAACUCGAUACGUCUAAUUCUCGAGGAACGACUGGAAGCCGCAACGGCUCUCAAGAAGCAGAUGUGGGCGGAAGCACAACUCGACAAAAGGCGGUAUAAAGAAGAAUAUCUGAACAAAUCACAGUAUUCUUCUUUCUUAAUUUGCAAGCCGGAGUCCGCUCAAGCAAUUACUGGCACGGAUGGUUGCCAGACUCCUCUGCAGUUACCAUAUACUAAGGAAAAUGAUGGAAACCUCGAAUUUCUUGGCAAUGAUCAAUUCCCCGAUGCAUCGAGUCUGAAUAAUAUUCAUAAUUUGCCAGUCGAGAGGAACGGAUUAGGACAAGAAUUCUCCGCAAAUCCGGAGUCAUCGUUUACUCUCCAACAUUAUGGGCAUGCUGCAGAGAAGCCACGCUUUCAGUUGAAGUCGUAUAUUGGUCACAAGGCAGAACAACUUUACGUGUAUCGGUCUUUACCGUUGGGCCAAGAUCGUAGGCGGAACAGAUACUGGUUAUUUUCGACGUCUGCUUCUCCCAAUGAUCCUGGUUCAGGACGAAUCUUUUUCGAAUCUAGAGAUGGUUUGUGGAGGCUAAUUGAUUCGGAGGAGACUUUUGAUUCGCUUUUGGACGCUCUCGAUACGCGGGGGAUAAGGGAAUCUCAUCUACAUUCUAUGUUGCAAAGAAUUGAGACGACCUUCAAAGAAGCUCUCGCAAGGCAUAAGAAGCACGCUGCUUCGGCUAAAACAAGCGGAUUUCAUUUUAAACCUGGGUCUAAUGAAUCAAUUCGCAGUCCUGAUUGUUAUACCGAGCAUGAUAGUCCGAGUAGCACGCACAGCGGCGUUACCUCUGACAGCGUCGAGUGCUCCACAUCUUUCAGGAUCCAGUUGGGUCGAAGUAAGAUGGAGCGAAUGUCAGCAUUGAAGAGAUACCACGGUUUUCUUAAGUGGAUGUGGAAGGAAUGCUGCAACAAUCCUCUUCUUUUAUGCGCUGUGAGAUAUGGGAAGAAAAGAUGUUCGGAGCUGCUGCAGACUUGCCAGAUCUGUUAUCAGUCUUAUUUCGCAGAAGAAAGGCACUGCACCUCCUGCCACCGAAUGUUCAAAUCCAUUCAUAAGGGCGAUGCGAUGUUUGCGGAGCAUAUCGCUAAUUGUAUUGUGAAGAGGAAAGUAGACAAAGAUUCCGAAAGCCAAAUGGUUGAUUCGUCUCUCCCUAUUGGCGUCCAUUUACUGAAGACACAGCUGUCGUUGGUCGAGGUUUCGAUUCCGGCCGAAGCUCUCCAGCCUUUCUGGACAGAGGGGUAUCGUAAAUCGUGGGGCGUUAAGUUAAACUCAGCGUCUUCGGCUGACGACUUUCUUCAGCUUUUGACAUUAUUAGAGGGUGCAAUAAAGAGGGAACACUUGUCUUCAAAUUUUGAAACAACAAAUGAACUGUUAAGUUCUGCUAAAGUUUCUUCUGCGGCGGCUAAUAGCACGUCUAUUUCGGGAUCUGUGCCCGUACUUCCAUGGAUACCGGACACUACUUCAGCUGUUGCAUUGAGACUCCUGGAGCUUGAUGCAUCAAUUUCUUAUAUGCCUCAACAAAAAUCAGCAUCUCUGAAAGGAGAAUCUCGAGAUUUCUUUAAGCCUUCGAGAUUCACUGUUGUGAAGAAGCUUCAUGAGUUUGAGCCAGCCGGAACUCCGGAGCGAGUCGAUUAUCAGAUCGAGGGGAGGUGGCUUGAUUCCAGCAGCGGGCGUCGAGGCCGUGGGAGAGGGAGCAGAGGCGGCCGUGUCGGACGAGGCCGAGGUAGAGGCGGGAGGGGUACGAGAGCAACCUCUAUUGUCUCCACAUCAGACUUUAAUGAAGAGAACAUCAGCAAUUUAGUCAAGAAAAGAAAGCUCAGUGGAAGAGGACGAACCCGUGGACGAGGCCGCCGUCGCGGAAGACGAUCAGUUCGUCCCCGCCAAAGGUCCGAGAGCCAGGUGCCAUCUUCCAGGGCAACUUUUUUCCAUUCAUUUGGCGACGUUGGUGCGUGCAGCAAAGAAGAAAGUGCCGAAGAAUCUCUCAGAAGCUCGGGCGGCGAUGAAUGGGGCAUAGAAGGACAGAAUUAUAUCAAGCAAGAUGAUAACAGUGCUGGUUCGCAAUCCCUCGAUGAUAAUGAACAAGUUUCAGGAGAUGAGUAUGAUGAACCGGUUCCCAAAUAUGGUGCGCGAUACAAUCAAUCGAGUUCGAUUGGAGGUAUGGAUGAUGAGAGCGAAGAAGAGGAAAUGGAUGAGGAUGCAGAGGAAGAAGAAGAUUACGGCGACCAGGGUGCGCUCGAAGACAUGGAAGAUGAGGUUGACGAGGAUGAUGAAGAGAUGGUCGAAGAUGAUGAGAUGACUGAUGCUGAUGAUGCUAACGGGGACGAAGAUGGAGAUGAAGAUGAAGAAGAAGGUCCAUCUUCAUUCUCUUCAGGGUAUAGUGAUUAGGAAGGAGGUUAAUGGUUCUUGACAGAUUCUUCUGGUUUUUCUUUCUUCUUGCCGCCAUUUUCACUUAUGGAAGGACUUGGCUCUUCUCAGAAGAAGAAGAAGAAGCAAUGUGCAGGUCGAGGAA